GAAAGAGAGAGAGAGAGAGAGAGAGAGAGAGAGAGAGAGAGAGAGAGAGAGGCCUCCGUGGCUCAACACGGGGAACAUAGACAUCUCUGAGUGCGUCGGUGUGUUUCUUGUUUCAAUCCAGCCAGGUUUCCUCCGCGGUGACGUCCCUCGCGCUCGUCUCACAUCUGUCACCGCUGGAUCGCGUUGUUGGGCUGUUGUUGUUGUUGUUGUUGUUGUUGUUGUUGUUGGUGGGUUUUUGUUUUUUUUUUGGUUUUCAGCACCUGGACAGCUCCCGGUCGUGAACCUCCUCUUCCGACCGGGCACAUGGAGUCCCCCGGUGUGGCCAAGAUGUCAGCGGCCGCCUGAUCCGGCUGCGCGGCCCCGUCGUCGUCGUCGUCGUCUCCUCCGCGGGAGGAUGGUGCGCUCGGUCCGGAGCAGGUGUUUCCAUCGCGCGCUGUCUGCUGACGGGCGACACGGGCUGCUCGGCCGACGCACAGCUGAAGGGGAUCGCAGCCCACAUACAGCGAGAUCCGAUCUCCCCUCACGCUCAUCAUCAUCAUCAGCAGCAGCAGCAGCAGCAGCAGCAGCAGCAGCAGCACCGGCGAGCGGGGAGAUAUAACCAUCAUCUCUGCGAGGGCAAAGGAGUCACGACACCACUCUGCACAAUGUAGAGCGAUAAAACACAAAGAAAAAAGGUGUGGAAGGAGCCAGGUCUCUGCGGUGGUGAAAUCACAUUUCACACUUGAGGUCAGUUAUUGUGGACGUCUACUUGCAGCAACAAGACCUCAACAUGAGCAAUUCCCACGCUCCUCCACGGGCUGGAGCCUCAGAGCUGGAGGUGAUCUCCCAGCAGGUGGAGGAGGACAACCAGUGCGUGGCCCCUGUCCAACUGGUGGGUUUCGCCUACAGAGACUUGCCUCUGGCUGCCCUGGACAUAUCCCUUGCCGGAUCCCAGCUCAUCUCAAACCCAGACGAAGAGGACAACAGAGAUGGGUCCAACUGGCUGAAGCCGUGCUGUGGGAGAAGGGCAGCGCUGUGGCAGGUCUGCCUGCUGUCGGCGGGCUUCAACUGUUUCCUGGUGGCCUGUGUCAUCCUGGUGGUGCUGCUGCUGACGCUGGAGGUGCUCAUAGACACCAAGCUGCUGCAGUUUAAUAAUGCGUCGCAGUUCGCCAGCAUCAUCCACUGGAUCAGCCUGGCUGUCCUCUCCGUGUUCUUCACCGAGACGGUGUUCAGGAUCGUGGUGUUGGGGAUAUGGGAUUACAUAGAGAACAAAGUAGAGGUGUUUGAUGGAGCUGUCAUCGUCCUAUCUCUGGCCCCCAUGGUGGCCUCCACAGUGGCCAACGGCCCCAGCAGCCCCUGGGAUGCUAUUGGUCUCAUCAUCACGCUGCGCAUCUGGAGGGUCAAGAGGAUCAUUGAUGCCUUUGUGCUGCAGGUGAAGGUGGACAUGGAGCUGGAGAUCCAGCAGUACGAGAAGGCCAAGGCGGUGAGGGAGGAGCAGCUUGACCGCCUCACUCAGAUCUGUCAGGAACAAGCAUUUGAGAUCAGACAGCUGAGGGCCCACCUGGCCCAGCAGGACCUGGAUCUGGUGGCAGAGCGCGAGGCAGCGAUGCAGAUCCACCACAUGUGGGGUAAACAAAGCAGCAGCGCUUUCCAGGAGGUGGACGGACUGGCCCCUGGGGCCUCUGAGCAUCAGGGCCCAGCUAAAGCUAGAGAGCCCAGGAGGCCUGCAGAUCACCAUGGCCAAGAUGACAUGAAUAACUACAUCAGCCAGUACUACAGCGAGGCGAGCAGUGAUAUGGGGAUCCCAGACCCGGCGCGCGUCAUCACCACUGCAGCCAUAGACGUGCACCUGCCCAACAACCCCAGCCAGCUUCCCCCCUCUCUGGUGAGCGCCGACGCAGUGCUGUCCAGCCGCUUGCGGCGGACCGGCAGCUCGGUCAGCGAGGCCUCCACGACCACAGUGUCCCGCACCAGCUUCAGUGCCCACCAGCACAGCAUCAGCAGCCAGACUCUUGGCUCCACCACAGACUGCAGCUCCACGGUGCGGGAGGCCUCCACCUCAACGGACUACAGCGACCAGCGCUGCUACCCUCCGCCCUACAGCAGCCCCCUGGCCCUGGGCACUCAGCCACGAGGCAGCCCCAGCGCCGUGGUGCAGGAGCUGCUCUCCUCUCUGCGCGAGGACUCGUGUCUCACACAGAAGGGCCUGGACCCCGUCAACCUCAAACCGCCCAGCCCAGCCGGUUCCACCAAGACCAGCCCCGAGCUGGAUCACAGGGUCAAUAUCUACAACAAGAGGAACCAGGACAUUCGAGCGGGGCUCCACUCCAAGCCGCUCAUCCACCUGCAGGGCAACGAGCCUCUUCUGGAGGAGAAGUACAGGAUGAUGGAGCCAGGAGAUGCUCCGGUCAACCGUCUGUCAGAGGCAUGACACUUGUCUUGACACUCGCAAGCGUUCUUCAGAUCAACAGAAAAAAUUAACGCUUUACUCAACUCCAAUGUUGUUGGGAGUCACUGGCACAUAAAGUCCAUGUCUGUCGUCCUCUUCGUGCUGAUGGAGCUGAGAGGAUGAACUUGCCGGAGCAGCACAAACAGAGGACAGAGGACUUGUUAUCAGGAACCACUUAUCAGGAAGUUACACUCACAGAAACACUUGAGUUUGACGGAGAAAAAAAAAAAAAAAGAGAAAAUUACUCAAAGAAACCAGCAACAGGGCUCGAGCCCAACAUUUUCAGACAACUUGUCUGUGCAGAAAAUCUGGCUUUUGAUAUGUAAAUUUCCUCGGAUACACUUUGUAGGAUUUUCCUGGACUGAUUUUACUGGAGAGCGACAGACUGGGAUCAGUGGAUUUAUCACAAGUGCAGGUGUGUCGGCUGUUUUGUCAGUCUAGUGUUUUCAAACUCACCAUGAACAGUCCUCUUUGAUGGACUGCUGCAGGGUACAUUGGAUCAGUUUCAACUUCUUACUAAACCUUUGUCUUUCUAUAUUAUCAGUGUUAACAUUUUUAUCUAAAUUCUACAAGUGGAAAGAGUGAGGAAAUCUUUUUGACUGGUGGACAACUGAGGUGAUUCAUUUUCAAUCCAGGUGCCAUGACUGGAAGGCGACCAAAAGAUGAGUUUAGAGUUCACCACAGCGUGUCCCCCACAUACCAAAUUAAUAAAUAAAAAUCUACCUGCAUAUGAUAAGAUUUCAUAUCAUCCAGGUCUAAAGUACUACCUUUUUAUGAUUUUAAUGUUUGGAAGCUUUGUAAAUAUAUUUAAGGAUGGGUUAUGAUCAUCAUCGUCAGUGAAAAAAUAUUGAGGGACUGGACCUACAGUAAAACGUUGGAAAGUGAGAUUAUAGCAUGAAUUAUUCAGAUUUGCCACCUAAAUACAGCAAACUAACCCUGUUUGUUUUACUGUCAAUAGGCUUUUUCUAUCUUGAUCAUGGAAAGAGGGCAUUACAAAAAUGAAUCCAAUAAAGGGAUGUCAUGACAAAAUGAGAAAGCCGGUUAUGACUUGUCAAUUUAAUACAUCAUUUUCAAAGAGCAUCUCAGUAAUUACAUCCUUUAGGUUAGUAUGAACAGCUACUGUACAUCGUCACAAAUCAGAGGACAAGGUAAGCAUUCCCCGAAGCAGCCCUUUACUGUACCUUAAUCAUGUGGACUACUGGAGGCACAAAAUAAACUCUUGCCAAAGGCAAGUACAAGCUUAGUCACUGAUGCUUUAACGCUUGUAAAGUGUAUUUAAAACUGGCAAUUGGUUCCCAUAUUGAGAGUGAUCUUCUGAUAAUGCUCAGAGAGAUGAUGAAAUCAUUUCUACACACAGAAGCUCACAGUGACAGAGGCUGUCAGUUCGUGAGGUCACUCUCACAGCUUCGCAGUGGUAGUUUAGUUGGACCUUUUGUUUCUCUCCUCACUUGUUCAGCGCGUCGGUCAUCUCGGGAACAGCCUGAAGAGAAAACAGAGAAAACAUUCUUAAAUAUAUUACAUUAUGGUCACAACAUGUUUUUUUUUUAUCAUUCCAGUGUACUUUUAAAUUAAUGAAUUCUUAACAAAACCCAAAAGAACUAAAUACCAGAGCCCGACCAAUUCACCUGUUGGCCGGUUCUAUCGGCCGAUAUGAGCCUUUCAGAGUUGUGUCUGUGUCGGCGUUGUUUUGCCGAAGAUAUGGAAACUUUUAUUCUACAGAAUAAACAAUGCAGAAAAGAUGUUUAUGUUAAAAAUUUUACAUUAAAAAAUUGUUGUUGUUUUUUAAGCCAA